AAACCGCCAGCGACGCCAACCACCGUUUUCCAAAGCUCCACCACCCGCGAUGCAUCAUGGGUCGACAGGCCAAAAUAAAUCCGAAGACUGCCCUCUGAAUCCAGUAAUCAACCUGUCAAAAGUCCCACAGUAGUGUAUCGUUUCCCACAUUAUCAUAAUUACAAAUAAAUCAGCUCUAAAAUUGCGAUUGCAACCUCUGAGUCACGAAACACCGUUGGGGAGGGUAUUGUGGAGCAUGUGGAGGCUGAGGGGUUCGUCGGGAUGGCAAUGAGUACCUUCGACAGUGUCUCUGUACAAGCGUUUUGGUAACACAUAUGCAGCCCAGCGCAAUCGGCAAAGAGAUAUUAAAAUCGGAAUAUUCAACGACUAGACCAAUUGCCUGACUCCUCCACCAUGUACAACCGAAGACGCACAAACAAUUUCACGUACGUCAGUUCGUGCGUCAAGUACAUGAUCUUCAUCCUCAACUUUGUGUUCUGGCUCUUUGGAGGGCUGCUCAUUGGCGUGGGACUCUACGCCUUUUACGACAAAUGGCAAACAACCGGAUCCGUUAGAGUUGAAAAUGUCUAUGACGUUGUGCUCAAUAUAUCGCUGGUUAUGGUCAUUGCUGGUGGGGUUGUUUUUAUCGUUAGUUUCGCUGGUUGUGUGGGAGCACUCAGGGAAAACACCUGUCUUCUCAAAUUUUAUUCGUGGUGUCUGUUAGCAUUCUUUCUGUUCGAAAUGGGAAUUGCAAUCGUUGGAUUUGUGUUCCCACAUACCCUUCAGUCACUGCUGGAGGAGUCUUUCACUGAUAAGAUUAUACAGACGUAUAGGGAGGAUCCUGAUUUACAGAAUUUCAUUGAUUUUGGACAGCAAGAGUUCAAAUGCUGUGGCCUGAGUCAACAGGGUUACCUAGACUGGCAGAAGAACGAAUACUUCAAUUGCUCAAGUCCUGGACGAGAAAGUUGUGGAGUGCCAUUCUCAUGUUGCAUAAAUACAACAGACAUUUCUAGUGGACUAGUGAACAUAAUGUGUGGCUACCAGAUUCAAAUGCUGCCCCCAUCCGAGGCUGGCAAGAGAAUUUGGAUAAGUGGUUGCAUAGAAAUUGUUCGCAGUUGGGCUGAACGCAAUCUGUACACAAUAGCAGGCAUAGCACUGGGUAUUGCAUUGAGCCAACUAUUCGUUAUUUACCUCGCCAAAACAUUGGAGGGACAAAUUGAGAUGCAACGAGCCCGCUGGAGGUCCUGAGCUUGACCACAGGCCUCUGCCUACCGCUAUCAGAUUGAUUCACAUCCUAGGAGGCAGAUGGCCAGUGGUCGCAGUGCACAUAAUGGACACGAUAGUGAAAUUGGUGCUAAUGCACGUAUGGCAGUUCUCGUACUCCUCGCCAUUUCACUCUACGUCAUAUGUGUAUUGUCCCUCAUAAGACUAACAAUAUACUUCAGAGACUAUUUUUAUGAGUAUCUCGACGGUGGUCGCAAGGAGGAGCGACUAGCAACAUAAUGACAAUUUUCUAUUCUCAAUAUUUUUAACAUUUUCAAAUCUCUUUCUGUGUGAUUUUUAGGGUAAUUGGAUCAUUUUUUUCUCGCCUUUUGUAUGGAUAUAGAUGUCACGAUUAGAAUUCAAUGACAAAAUUUCAAUGUCUCGAGCUAUUGUUUCAUACACGUGUAGUGCUGAAUAUCUUUUGAUACACUGUGUCGAAAUGAUAGAUAAUUUUCUACCCUAUUCAGGAGAAUCGAAGAAAAUUAUAUGUUUUAUAUGCGAUAAAUUCAGCAAGGUUCAUGGCUCGUUCGAGGAAUUCGUGCGUGAACGAGUAAAUGAUAAUUCUCAGUGUCCAAUGUACAAUUACUGCCAUUAAAUAUUUUUCAUGAUAAUUUAACGUGUGAGAAAAUUCGAGAGAAUGUACGAGUGCGAGGGAAUUUUAUUGGGAAUGCAGUUUGUUUUCUGUUGAUUUCUGUUGAACGUUGUGCAGCUCUUCCUCACAUUUUUGUGGCGAAGAAUUUUAAUGGACUAAAUCGCAAAAGUGUCAGUUCCGUUAAAAAAUCAAACCUCAUUAAUUUUUACUAUAAUUAUUCCAGCCGUUCUCGUUCAUUCGCAACGUCCACUCCAUUUGCAUUUUCUUUGGAUUUAUAUAUUUCUGUUACAACCUGUAAAUAACUAAUGGGUUGGAAAAUAGAAGAAAUUAAUGCUCUGAUGAAAAACACUUCGUGCGUUCGAAAUGUUGGCAAUUGGUGAAAGAAUGGGGUUUUUCCCAAUUAUUUCCUUUAUGACCGUUAAUGGCCGAGAAGUUGGGAACUCAUUGAUUUUUCUUCGUCGAAUAUGUUUGCUAAAAUGCGCUUGAAUUUUCUCCUGAAUUUUUCACAUGCACUAGAAACUUUAGAACACAAUAUCACAAGUAUACUUGCAAAGAAAUAAUGCAGUACUAAAUGAAAAGUGAAUAUAGCUUGUUCAUUUGCGAAAGCCAUUUUAAUGUUUAUAUAAUUGUAAAUUUAAGUGCACCAUUUUCCAUGGGAAUAAAGCGCACAAACGAGCGGCUGCAUUGAUUGCCGUUGUUGUGCAGGUAGUUGAAAGAUACAAAUGACAUAGUGAUUUUAAAGUGACUAGUUGUUAAGCUUUUUUGCACUUAGAUUGAGAAAUAAUGAAAUGAUGAAGGUAAUUAAUGAAAACGCCGACCGAAAUUGACCAAUUUCUAAGAAUAAAUACCAUAUUUAUUUUUAUCUAAAUGGCUUAGUUCGUACUGACAACAGGCAUGUGACUUCGAUGAACAGUCGAAAUGAAAAAUCUGUAAUUAAUCGAAACAAUAUUCAAGCCCAAGUGCUUGUGAUGCUUGUGAUGAAGACGCGAACGACGAAAAGAUUAUGUACAUACAUUAAGAUUAAUGAUACUUGCCGCACAUAACUGUCUACGUAUGAGAUUUUAAUGUCACAUGAUUCCAUUGUUUGCGUUGAGUACUCGGUUCAAUUUCACAUUUCCUUGAUUGAACUCAAUGUUAACGAUUACCAGUGCCAAAAUCUAUGCAUUUCUACGCUCGCUAUCUCUUGUUUAUUAUUUUUAACGGAAAAAGAAAAAACUUUGACAAUAAUAUUGUCCAGACAUUGGUUGAUUAAUUAAUUUUCCAAUGGGUCUCGAUGAUUCUCACUAGUUGAUUUUUUAUCGGUAAGUUUGGUUUUGUGAAAACACUUGGUGAUAUUUCUUAGAUUAUCAAUUGGAUAAGUGGUAUUACGGAUUAGUAUUAUGGAAAUAUAUAUUUACUAGUUUUUAUUGGACAAGUAUAUUGUUGUAAUAGUGACAUUGUCACGGAUAUUAAUAAACAAUUAAUAAUCAUUAA